UGCUGCUUCCAGUUCGACCGCGCGUCAGGAGAAGGAGGCCGAGACCAGCAGCGUCGCCGUCGACGCGUCCUCUGAUCCUGCCGCCGGCAUGUGCGUCGACGGCUGCGGCUUCUUCGGCGCCGCCGCCACCGACAACAUGUGCUCCAAGUGCUACCGCGACGACUUCGACGCGUUGUACGCCGAGGGAUUGAGAAUCGUCUUCGGCCCUGCCCCUGCAGCGGCUGCUUCGAGUUCGACGGCCGCGCCUCCGGAGAAGAAGGCCAAGAUUAGCUUCCCCGUCCCCGCGUCCUCUCACGAUGCCGCUGCCGCAGCGGCCGCAGCUGACAACGCCGUGACGGCGGUGAACCGAUGCGUGGUGUGCGGCAACAAGGUGGCCAACGGCACCUUCUUCCGCUGCUUCGCCACCGCCGAAAUGUGCCCCAAGUGCGACCGCGAGCACGGCGCCUACGCAAGGAUCGCCACGGCCGCGCCUCCGGAGAAGAAGCCGCCGCCGGCGGCGGCGGCGGCUGCGACGAACCGAUGCGCGAUGUGCCGCAAGAAGGUGGGGCUGCUGGGGUUCCGGUGCCGAUGCGAGGGAACCUUCUGCAGCGUGCACCGCUACUCCGACAAGCACGCCUGCGAAUUCAACUACAAGGCCGCCGCGCGGGAGCAGAUCGCGAUGCAGAACCCUGUCGUCGUUGCGGACAAGAUGAUCGACAGGAUCUGAAGCCGGGCCAUGCACGCAAGAUCGGAAGAGAAGACGGAAGUGAGACGAACCCGGCCACAGAGCAAACAGUUG